AUGAUUUGGUACUUUGUAUUUUGUAUUUCUGUAGUGCUCUCUUUGAAUCCAUGCAAAAUAGAUUCAACUGCUUGUGUUCCUAUUGAAGAUUUUGAGACAAACUGUACCUGUAUACUCAUAUCAGGCAAACCCAUCAAUGCAUCUGAAGACGUCUUUCUAUACUUCAUGGGCUAUGAGUUUCCCUUGAAUUUGUUCUCACAAGUCCCGAUCUCCAAAUUGUUUCGUGACAAAUUGAACAGUCGCUUACCGAAAAAGACGGACUAUGAAUCAUCAUUGGAUUUACCGCAAACAAUAUUCAGAAAUCUUCAAACUGACGAAAAUAUGGCAUUGUUUAUCGUCAAUUCCACCCGAUCUACAGAAAUAAUAGCGAGGCUAAUCAACGAGUCGUUUAUCCAAACUGAUGAUCUGCGGAACAACUCGGAUAAAUGGUGUUCGGAAGGCGAAUGCAGUGCUUUCGUCCAUUCAACCAUAACGCUAAAUCGAACUAUCGGCAUUUAUUCGCAUGCGGCAGAUAUACUCGAGGUAUUAGAAUAUAGAGGUCGAUCCAUGUUCGCAGUAUCUUCAGUUAAAUCUCAAUUUGACAUACCAAAAGUUCAUAAUCUGCAUUGCGAACAGAAAUGCCGCCGAUUCUACUUCAACGAGAAUAUUUUAUGUAGGCAAAAAUGUGUACAAGGAUUACGCUUUGAUCAAGUGGCCAUAACAGGAGAUAUAAAACGUAAAUUUGAGAAUUUUGUGAAGGCAUCAGCUGUGAAAAAUUUGCGUGAGAAAUAUUACAAGUAUUUUCGAAGACAAUAUCAAUGA